AUGAAUAAGCAAGUGUGUGAAAAGUUCGAAAAUCUAUGGGAUAAAUUUCCUGAUAAAUUGGAUAAAGGAAAAUAUGUAUUUAAAGAAAAUAAUUUUUUAGAUAGUUAUUGUGAUGGUAAGGGUUGUGAUACUGAUCUCGAAAAAAUUAAUGGUGGAUGUUUAUAUCUUUUUAAUCAAAUAUUUGGGACUUCUGAAUUGUUUAAGUCUGUUGCAAAUAAUAACAUCAAUAUUGUUGAGUACAUUAUGAUAUGGUUAACUUAUAUGUUAAACUUAAAACCAAAAGGAACUAUAACCAAUCUACAAUUUUUUUAUAAUACAACUAUAGAUAAUGAUAGAUAUCAAAAGAUUAUAACUGAUGUUACAGAGUAUAGCAAUUAUAAGUAUCUUAUAGAUCAAAAAAAAUAUAUUUUGAAUAUGAAUAGUAAUAUUAUAUCUAAUUUUUAUGAAGCAUUUAAAUUAUUAUGUGAAAUGUAUGCUGAAUUUUAUGAUAAUGCACCAUAUUGCGCAAAAAGUUCGGAAAAUGCUAAUAAAUUUGUUAAAAAAUAUAGAGAAAUGAGUGAAAAUUCUGAUAUUACUAGUAAUGAUUCCUAUAAACAACUAUUGUCUACUUUAUCAAAAGAUUAUGAUAAUUUUAAGAAUAAAUAUAAUAAUAAUCAAUGUUUCAAAUCUUCACCUCUUCCAACGAUAGAAACAACAGAAAAUUCUGCACACAAAAUUGUACAAAGUUCUGAAGAUACAUUAUCAAGUUCAUCGGUAACAAACAAAUUAUUUACAGUUUUAUCGAUAUUUGGUGUAAUAGCAUUUCUUUUAGGAAUUUCUUACAAGUAUUCGUUAUUUGGAUUUCAGAAACGAUUUCAAAAACAAAAAUUAAGAGAAAAAAUAAAAAAUAUAAAGAAGAAAAUAAAUCAUUAA